AUGUUGUCGAUGAUUCUCCGCUCUGACGCAACGCACGUUGUCUUCACGCGAUGGACCUAACGGGUUUUUUCAGCAAUACCGUCGAAGGAAUAAAAAAUGGGGAACCUUCAGCGAUUGGAAUCUUAGUGGCUGUACUUACAGUAAUCUUAUCCAUCUUGGUAUUUCUUCUGAGUGGCAAAGGCAACAAAAGACAGGGUGUACUGCUCUUGGGAAUGUGUGACACAGGAAAAACUCUCAUUUUUCAUAGGCUUGUUUACAAAAGUGACAAACCAAUACAUACUGUAACAUCAGUCUCCCCCAAUAGUGGAGAUUAUUCUGUUCCAGGAAAGAACAAGUCUCUCAAGAUCUAUGAUCUCCCCGGCCAUGAAAGAUUGAGGCUUCAGGUGUUGGAUCAGUUUAAAGGACUGGCCAGGGGUGUUGUGUAUGUGAUUGACAGUACUUCUGUACAGAAAGAUAUCAAAGAAGUGGCAGAAUUUUUGUACACAGUGCUGAGUGACCCUGUGGUUCUGGGUCAUGCUCCUCCCAUUCUGAUUGCAUGUAACAAGCAGGAUCAACAUCUAGUCAAAGGAGCUGGUUUUAUAGAGAAACAAUUGCAGAAAGAAAUGAACACUUUGAGAGUAACACGCUCAGCUGCUCUCCAGCAACUAGAGGGGACCACAGGAAACAACAACACCUACCUCGGCAAACGUAACAAGGAUUUCGAAUUCUCAGAUCUGAAACCAAUGAAAGUUCAGUUUGUGGAAUGUAGUGCAGUAGACACUUCUGACAAAGACUUGCCUGGACUCAUGGAGGUGGAGAAAUGGCUCUCAACACUAGUAUGAAGUCAUGAUUUGUAAAACUAGAUUUGAUAUUGUGAGUUACAUCAAGAUAACUGUAUGUGUCAUCAAAAACACAUUUGUAGAUUGUACGGAAACUGAAUUUGAUGUGUAAAUGCUGUAUGAUGUUUAUGUCUGAGAACAGUUGAAUACAAAGGUGAUAGAGGAAGUUCUUUUCUUUUUCAUGCUCAUUUCCAGUAUCUUUCUAAUUUUGGUUGUCUUAUUUUGUCAAUUUCAUUUUCCUGUCAUGCCAUUAAUGUACUGGUAAAUCUGUAGUAUUUUUUCCAUGUGAGAUUUAAAAUAAACAAGGAUGAAUGUUCUGA